UGUACCGGCGUCUGGAGUGAAGCGGCUCAUGAGCAGGAGUCAGACUCAUCGCUCCGGUUCUCCGUUAUCAAAGGUUCAAUACAAGGAAGGAAUACUCACCAAAAGCAGACAUGUUGUGUUUGAGCGGGCUGUCGGUGGCUCUCGCGCUCGCUCUCGUGCCCGGUCCGUCUGAGGCGCUGAAUGAAGGAGAAUGUGAAGUUUGUGUGUCCUUCCUGGGGAAGUUUUAUCAGUCACUACAGGACAACAACGUAAACUUCAACAGUGCAGACAUCGAGAAGGCCCUGGUAAAGAGCUGCAAGGACGCCAAAGGCAAAGAAAACCGCUUUUGCUAUUACAUCGGAGCAACUAAUGACGCAGCCACGAAGAUAAUCAACGAGGUGUCGAAGCCGCUCAGUUAUCAUGUUCCUGUGGAGAAAAUCUGUGAGAAACUGAAGAAGAAGGACGGCCAGAUCUGUGAGCUGAAAUAUGACAAGCAGCUGGACCUGACCACAGUGGACCUGAAGAAGCUCAAGGUGAAAGACCUGAAGAAGAUUCUGGAAGAGUGGGGCGAAUCCUGCAAAGGCUGCGCUGAAAAGUCCGACUUUAUCCGUAAAAUCACAGAGCUCAUGCCCAAGUACGCCCCGGCAGCCGCCAGAGCACGGACAGAUCUGUAGAAAGGACAGAAAAUCACAACUUUGGACUGGACUGUAAAACGGAGGGGAGGACCAGGGGUGAGGAGGACCAGAAAAAAGGACCAGGAGGGGUCUUUAGUCUUUGUUUUUAAGGUGUUUACUCAUCUGACGAUGCUCCAGGAGACGUCAGAGGUUGAACGGUGUUUGCAGCAAUCAUGGAUUCACGUUUGAGGAUGAAUUCAUCUCACAGGAGCAGCGAUGGGGGAGAGGAGCAGAGACAGACUUCUGUUUAUGUUGUCAAACUUUUUACUGUGUGUUGUUAAAAUUCAGACCUUUGGUUAUUUUCACAAACUCACUUCUAGCCUGUCUCCGGUUUCCGCUGACGCCACAGGACGACAUCCUAACAUUAAAAUGCUUUUUCAGGAA